AUGAAAAUACAAAAAAGAAACGAAAAAAAAAAAACUGUAAAUGAAACUUGUGCCUUAAGAAACCUUGCUAUAAAUACCCUCAAAACCCUAAUAGAGACUCAAAAUCACUCUUUCCCCCCACCCCAUCAAAUCUUCUGGCUGCUAUUAGGGUUUCGAGAAAAAGAAAGAAAGGAUGUCUUCCACCGGAGAACUCGCCUGUACUUACGCUUGCUUGAUCCUUCAUGAUGAUGGCAUUCCUGUUACUGCUGAGAAGAUUGCUACAGUGGUGAAAGCAGCAAAUUUGCAGGUGGAGUCAUACUGGCCUAGCCUAUUUGCAAAGCUUUGUGAGAAGAAGAAUGUCGAAGACCUUAUCAUGAAUGUUGGCUCUGGCGGGACUGCUGCUCCUACUGGCGCUGUGGCCGGUGCUCCUCCUGUUACUGGUGACGAUGCCGCAACAGCAUCCUCCACCGCUGACAAGAAAAAGGAAGAGCCAAAGGAAGAGAGUGAUGAUGAAGCCAUGUUUAGCUUGUUUGAUUAGUGUUGCAGAAUUUCAGCAUUGUCUUUAAUUUUCUAGCACUAGAAUUAUGUUAAUAAUUUUGAUUGUCGAUGCAUACUGUGUUAUAGUAUCGAAAUCAUUACUCUAUCUAUAUGAAUGGCGUUAUUUCUUUAUUUAA